AUGGCUGCACAUCGACGUAUCCUUACGAGGAGUGCCGCCAAAAUAAGACAAAUGUUGUCCACUCUCUUCAAAAAGCGCACUUGUAAUACUCCAGUGCCCAAGACAUGCUACGUCUGUCUAGAAGAGAGUUCGAGAGUAGACCUUGUACGCACCUGUCCGUCGCAUUUUAUCUGCAGGGACUGCGUACCUGCGGCUUUACAAAACCAAAUUCCUCUUUCCUGCCAUAGCGCAUACAGGAUCCCGCCAGAGAGAUUUCGAGGAGAAGUCGAUAAAACACUUAUCAAAAAGUAUGAGGAAAAAUUAGAGGGAAAUGACAUCCCUGUUCGACUGCGCGUGUAUUGCGCUUCACCCCGGUGUUCGAAGCUCCUUGCACGUCAUACCCACCGACACACUCAACAAGUACAUUUCGCCAAGUGCGAUUGCGGCAAGAAGACUUGCCUCACCUGCAAGAGUCUCCUCGGAAAAGUCAACGGUCAUAUCUGUGUAAGCGAUACAGAUGCGAACGGUCGACCGAUUUGGCUUCCUCAAUACACCAGCACUUUCCGCGCAAAACCCUGCCCCAAUUGCCGGAUUGUUAUCGAACACAUGGAAUGGUGUAACCGCAUCAUUUGCCCUCAUUGCGACCACAGUUGGUGCUUUGUUUGCUUGCGGCCAGAAGCGAGGACUACAGGUGAUUAUGGGCUGCACGAUUGUCCACUUCAAGGCGAUCCUGAGUGUGACUAUGACGAGGAGGGGUACGAGAAGUCCCCACGAGGCAUUCAUCGAGACACUGGUCUCCCGAGACCCACCAACACUGUGAUGGCAGAUUCACAUGAUCCACCGGAGGUCGGCGUAAUUGACGGAGGGGAUCGACCAUGA